AUGCGCCGACCGUCUUUGGACUUGGCCGAGCCUUCUCGGAACCUCGAGGAAUCGGUCGGACCGCCGACUCCAUCUACACCUCAGCCCGAUGUCGACCUCUCCGUCAUGCCGCCCGAGGAAGAGAUAGACCUCAUUGAUGACGAUGGCGAUGGCGAUGGCGGCGAGCCCAAGAUCUUCACCCCGCCCCCACAUAUUGCCGCUCGCCUGUUUUACCGCCCAACAAACCAGACCCGCCGCAGAGACAGCGCCGCUUCGUCGCGCCGCAACAGCAUCUCUUCCGUCCACUCCCGUUCGUCCCAUGGCUGCAGUCGCAAUGUUGGUCCCCAGAGCAAGUAUGUUGCCCAACACCUCCGCCGAGCUUCCAUCCUUGAGGACCGAAAAGCACGACUUGCCGACCGCGCAGCCCACGCCGAAAAGGUGCGCCUGAGGGCAGCAUCCGCAAAGGCUGCCACCAAAGACAUAAGCGCUAGCGAGGAGAGAGCCCUGGCUGCGGCCCAGGCACGAGAGCGCAACCUCGCCGAGAUUGCCGCUGCCUGCGCCGAGGAGGUCAAGAGGGCCAAGGCCAUCGCGGAGAACAUGAAAGAGAAGCGCGAGCAGGACAUCCGCAAGAUGAAGCUCAACAUGGAAGAGCGACUUGCCGAGGCCGAAAGGAGGAGGGAGGAGCUCCGCAGCCGGACGGCUGCCAAGGGCCGCGUGAGAGAACGAGGACAGAGUAUUGUGGCGCGGAAGCCCACCCUCGUCGAAGUCAUGCCCGAAGUCAGGGAAGUCAAGGAGCGCGAGUCCACCCCCGUCUCCGAAGACGUUGCCGUCGCCAGGAUACAGUGGUGGUGGAGGUCGGUGAAGAGAAAGCAGACCGUUGCCGAGUUCGGCGCCCUCGGGCUGUCUAUCGACACCGUCCGCGCCGCUUCUUUCGACCAGAUCACGUUGCUGCUUUCACAAGACAAGGUGCUGGGGUCGACUACCCGCCUGCUUCGUAUUUGCGGUCUGAACGUGGGCGAGACUUGGUCCGCGGACGAGAUGGCAGUAGUGCGCUCUUUCCUCAGCGCUUUUCUUAUCCUCAGCCACCCGUCCCAAGUUCUUAGCAACAAGGAGGGAAAGGGAGAACUGGAGCAGGUUGGAUCGACCCCGGUUAGGCCGAUACCCCGGGAUGAUCUAGCUAAUCCGCGGUCGCAGGAGUUGGUGGGCAAGGCCAGAGAUUUGCUGAUCUCGUUCGAGAACAUCUUGGGGCGGCUGACGUUGUCGAACAACUUCACUCCUCCCCCGGUGCUCUGCAAGUCCUUCACAGAGGUCUACGCUAGCUACUACAAUGCUUUCAUCGCUUGGAAGGCCCGCGACUCGAACUCGCUGGUGGAGUUGAUGGUUAUGCAGUUCGUCGAGCUUGACGCUAUCUGGGAGUCCGUGAAGGACAGUACGGACGGAUCGGUCGACCAGGUAUACAAGGAGAGCAUUCGCAACAACCAGCUUAUCCUGCUGGUCCGAAUCAAGAAGCUUGCGGGCCCGGUAAGGGGAAAGCAGAUGGUCACCAACGCCGUGAAAGCAGCUCGCAAGGCCAAGGCAAAGAAGCGCACGGGAGACACCAAACCUCGCAUUGCGGAGCACUCGACCACCGAGACGGCCAUGGGAGCUCUUACCGACGACAGUCACGAAUAUGAGCCCGGGACACAACACCUGACCCCUCCCUCUACUCCUGACAAGAAGCCCAAGCCAUUCAAGGUCAAUGUUAUGGUGCCCAACUCCAAAAGCCUCCUUCCAGAUAACAGGAUUGUUGUGCACGAGCUUGCCAUCAACAAAGAGUUCCGUACAGAGCCCCACGAGUACCACGAACAGCAGGCUCAAUUCCUAGCCCCCCUAUUUGAACAGAUGAGGUCGACAAUGCAAGCUGACGACCAAGAAGCACACUUUUUCCUCCUGCUCAAGGUUGCCGAUUCCAUCAGAGAGAAACUUCAGCGCUUGGUCAGCUCUGGAAGCUCGAUGCAUAACUUCAUUGGCGAGUUGCUCAGUACCGACAUUGCGCGGCGUCAGUUUACCAUGGGGAGCUUCUCUUAUGAGAAGUUCUUUCAGGCGAUGGGCUCUCUGCUUCCCAAGCUUUGCGCGCCGGUUCGAGACGACGAGGUCAAAAGACUGAUCGACGAGAACCUCAGCCAAGGCAACUACGUUGACCGACUCGAGGCACUGAACGGGUUUAUCGACGUCAUGCUCAGCGACUAUGCGAAUUACUUGUUGCAACUCGCCGCGCCGAGGCUCAUCGAUGAAGCCUCAACCUACGAGGCAAAAGCGUUCGCGGCUGGUGUAAAGUCUGGAAAACAUGACCUGUCUGCCGCGACGGCAGCUUGGCGCACUGCACGGCAGAAGCUGCUACAGGAGGCAGCAAGACGCGACCCUGAGCGCAUCAAUCUCGCAGCCUCCCGUCCCACAGCAAAUCGUAUUUACACGCAGAUGCUCGUGGACAUGUUCACGCAUUUCACGCCAGUUUCGGCCCAAGAAACCCCCGAGAUGCUCCUCCUCGACCACAAACGCGCCCUCGAGGCCGGCCGGUUGUCCAGGAGGAUCGUCACGACCGGCGCUAUCCUGCUUCAAUCCAAAAAUCUCCUGAAGCGCGACGUCCGCUCACCGUGGAAGCUCGAGGCAGACCGUAUCAUGGCCGUGCUCGAGAAGAGCGAAGCACAGCCAGACACACCGCUCGACGUCGUCGUGGAAGGCAUCUUGGCGGCACUUGAGUCGGGGCGGUCUAUGCCUGCGGCGACCAAACUCCACCUCAAAGCCCUCGUCACAAAGUUUGCGGCUGCUGGCGCCGAAGCUACGACGAGGCAAGAUCCCGACCCUCGCGACCCCGUAUUGCGUCUUCUUCUGAACCGUCUCCGAGGCUACAUUGUGGCGCGUCUGGCCGCUGCUUCUGCUAGCGAGAAGGUCAAGGCCACUAUCGCCGCCGGAGAGAAGCUCGCAAGCCUCGGUCUCGCCGAGUUCGUGGAGAAGGUUCGCGACAUGGUGGACAUGAUGGGCAAGGUGUCCUCUGUUGACCGCAAUGCCCAUAGCCUAUGGUGGGACCAAGUUGCAGAGGGCAUCGAGGGUGAGGACAGCCCCUCAGCUGCGUCGGGACUGGCAUCGCCUGCUCCAUAG